UUUAAACAGUAAAAUGUUCAAGCAAAUAAUUGUCGUGUCGUUACUUGUAGUAUGUAUCAGUGGAAACCUCACUGGAUGGAGAAACUGCGGGUCUCCUUUUGCUGACAUACAUGCUGUUCGAGUCGGUGGUUGCCCCCAAACCCCUUGUCUUUUCAUUCAAGGCGAAUCGUAUCUUAUCGAAUUUGAGGCAUCUUCACGUGUCAACACAAACAGUUUGAAUUUUGUAACGGUUGCUCAGCUGUUGGGUGUUCCGAUUACCGUACUUGAAGGAAACGCUUGCAACCAUUUACGGCAAGGAUCCUGCCCUAUUUUAGCUGGCAAUAGAUUUACUUUCAGUGUACUAUUCGAAGUGCCAUUUUACUUGCCUCGGAUUCCGAAUGUUAUUACCACACGGAUUUGGAAUGAUUUUGGAGAUGAAGCUAUUUGUAUUCAAUUCGAUGUGGUUGUAUUCGGUUCUCACAAUUAAGCUGGAUUUAUUUCAAUAAAUAAUAAUUCUAC